CAAAAACGAACUUUCAUUUAUCUAAGUAGUUGUACAAAAAACGCAAAGUAAGCGACGAUAUCAGUGUCUUAUUGACAAUUGUUGCUCUUAAAUUUAGCUAAAGAAUUUACGAAAAUUAAUAAAUGGCUGCACCCGCUACACCCGCUGCACCCGCUGGAAAAGCUGCGCCUAAAGAAGGUGCGGCGGAAGCGCCGCCACACGAGAGGAUGUUCGUCAGCGAAUCAUCGAGAAUGGAAGAAGUGUUCGGUGAGAAACCACUAAAUGGGUACUUGACUACCAUGAUGCACCUGGUCAAGGGUUAUGUGGGAACUGGGAUUUUUGCCAUGGGAGAAGGUUUCAAAAACAGCGGCAUGAUCAUGGGACCAACUCUGCUCUUGAUGAUUGGCAUAAUGAAUCUAAACUGUCAGCACAUUCUAGCAACAACUUCUCAGAAGAUCAGCAAGGAGGUGGGACGAGAAGUGAACCCAAGUUUUCAGGAAACGGUGGAAUACACCUUUGACACUAGUAAACUGAACAUUCUUCAAAAGAACGCAAAACGACUGGGCUGGAUGACGAACAUUUUCUUACUUGUGUGUGAACUGGGCUUCUGUUGUGUCUACUUUGUCUUUGUUGCCAACCAUGUUCUUGAGAUAGCGCACAACAGUGGCUGGCUGGACGCUAAAGAUCCGUUUAGUAUACAUUUAGUACUGGCUGUAAUUUUAGUACCAAUGUGGGCUUCUACAUUUUUGGGAAACUUGAAGUUGCUGCUACCCUUAUCGGUCAUAGCAAAUAUACUCAUCUGGAUCGGUAUUGGGAUUAUAUUUUAUUUUACAACGUACGAAGGGCUUCCUCCAGUCGAGGAAAGGAAGGCAGUUAGCCAUUUUUCAAGAUGGCCGCUCUACUUCGGCACAGCUCUAUACGCUUUCGAAGGGAUCACAUUCAUUAUUCCGUUACGGAACGAGAUGAAAAACAAAGACCAAUUUAUAACCAAACUGGGCGUUUUAAACGUCGGGAUGACUUUCGUUUUUGGUUUAUACAUGCUGGUGGGUUCUCUUGCUUACUGGAAGUACGGGGACGACGUGCGUAGCAGUGUUUUUUUGAAUUUAACAGAAGAAGACCCCAGCGUGUCGGACGCCAUAGACGCCAUCAUUUCGAUAGCCAUCAUUUUCACUUUCACUCUACACAUGUAUAUACCUUUCGAAAUAUCCUUCCCCCUGUUCUACAGAAAGUACGGACCUUUCAAGUACCCAUUUCUAGUGAUGUGUAUAUACAGAAGUGUACCCGUUUUAGUCACUUGGACUAUGGCGAACAUCAUACCUUUCUUGGGUUUGUUCAUAUCACUCGUGGGAGCCACAGUUGGCUCUGUUUUGGCCCUGGUAAUACCAUCGAUGCUCGAGUUGGUCGCCUUCCAAGGAGAACUGUCAGUGUGGCAGAUCAUGAAAGACAUCAUGGUCAUCACAAUUGGAAUCGUGGGCACAAUCACCGGGUCAGUUUUGAGUCUCAUGGACAUUGUGGAGAAAUUUAGAACCGAGUACUUUGGAGGAGAAGAAUAAAUCGUUCUUGAGCUCA